AACAGUGUGCAGUUAUGAAGAAACUACUUACGCUCUUGGCUGUACUUUGCAGUAGCACUGCAUAUUACAGCAAUAAAUUUGAAGCUACCAUUGGUUGCCUGCAGUACGACGCAGUCGGUGGUUAUGAUGCUCCUCAUCCGUAUUUUCUGACCAAGGCUUUCAACCACAUUGAAAUCACAAAUAAAAAUGCUACGAAACUACGGAUGGGGGUACUAGCUCGAAAUGAUGGCCAUAUUCGAUUAGCUCCAGAUGAAUAUCCAUUCAACAAUACAGUGAUGAACGAAAUUGUCCUGUCCGGUUGGGCUAACACUAAGAACGAAGUCCGUCGGUACAUUCGAAAGAGUCAUCAUACCAGAACGGAUAACGAAGUACUGCUGGAACAGCCUAGCAACGGAAUGCUCUCCGAAUUUGUACCGUUCAUGUUCACCAUGGAGAUUCAAUCCGAUGGAAUGGUUUCACUGACGAAGGAUGGCGAUGUAAACCCUCUGCUGCAAUUCAAGGACGCUAAGUUGUCUUUCCUGUACGUUAGUUUCUGCAAUUGGAACGUUCCGGUAAUUUAUUUCUUCGACUGUCCGCUCGAUCCAAACCAAAAUGGAUGUAACUAGAUAGUAGAGUUAUUACAAAUAGGGACUAUUGGGAAUAAAUGAGUUAUUUGAAACUUCUAACACAAAUAUACAAUCAUUCAAACUUCAUGUGAGAAGUUAAGAAAUCUACUGAGAGAAAAAAAUGUUGAAUCUAAAUGGCGGAAUAUUAAAGAGUUUCGCAAGACUAAUCGGGAUAGUGACACUUACUGAGGUUGAGUUCAGGUUUAAUAUGAAGGCUAUUAUACAUUUCUGUAUAAAUCUGGGUUGUCUGGUAAAAAUCUUGAAUAGACCCAACCGAAAUGUUUUGAUCGUCCUGGCUAAAGCGAAAUCGAUUAAUCAGGUUACUUUCUACUAAUGGCGUAUGACCUAACUCUAUUACUAGAGGAUCAAAUGAGGUACAAAAUCAUAUAGGGGACCCGGGGCAUAAAGGACACCUUAACCGUUUUCUCUUAAUUACGGGCAAAAAGAACCAAUUGAAUUCAACCUAGAAAGGCCUAAAACUUAG